AUGGAAAUACACCCAACAGCAUUCGGGCUCUACGGCACAUGCAACAACUACCCGUGGGGUCGCAAAGGAACCAAAUCUCUCGCAGCACGCCUGUGUGCAGCGACGUCCCGAGACGAUUUUCGAGUCGACGAAAAUGAACACUAUUCUGAGAUGUGGUUUGGGGACUACCCUGACUUUCCGGCUCGGUUGAGGGAUCGCCAAGACCUCGGCGAUAUGCUGCGAAAUAACAAGAUGAAGCUUCUUGGUAAGCAUUCUGUCGACAAAUUUGGCGAUCAAUUGCCAUACCUGCCAAAGAUCCUCUCCAUAGCCAAGGCCCUUCCGCUGCAAGUCCAUCCCAAUAAGGCCCAGGCUGCCCGGUUGCACCAACAAAACCCCGAGAGAUUCCCGGAUUCUAACCACAAACCUGAGAUCGCAAUUGCUCUGUCGCAUUUUGAGCUCUUUGCUGGUUGGAAGCCGCUUGAUCGUAUCUCGCCCUUGUUCAACACGCCCAACCUCCGUCGCUUUGUGCCGUCCACAACAUCAUGGACUGACGAGACCCUGCGCCAUGUCGUACGCGGCUUACUAAAAAUCGAUUCUGAUACUAUCCAAGCCAUUCAAGAGGACUUGAAAGUACAUUUCGAGCAAGAUUCUAAGAGCACCGGCUCGCAGACGUCAAACUACCUCCUUCGGGUUCUUGGCCAACUGCAAGCACAGUACACCAACACCGAUCCCGGGACUCUGGUGGCCGUGCUCUGUAUGAAUUACUUUGUGCUUGAAGCCGGCGAGGCCAUCUUUAUCCCUGCCGGUGGCGUCCACUGCUACAUUUCGGGCGACAUCUUUGAGUAA